UAUUUCCUAUCUUUCUUUUCAGAAGGAGCAUACUUCGUGUUGUCACGUGGAAUGUUGUGGAAGAGGUGGUGCAACUGGCGACAACAACGAGCACCACGAUCACCCGCCUGCAGCGGAAACCGAAAUGCGUGAAAGGAUGGCAACGGAGAAAAAAUUGAGUUCUGGUUCUCUUGGUGGCGCUGAGGGUGCUCGACCCAAACACGUGACUGUGCAUCCUCCAGGGACAAAAACUGCAAAGCCAACUGUUAAGAAAAAGUCCAUUCAAGCAGACUUGGAUGUGCCGAGAGAGCUAGGAAAAUGUAAAGAAGAAGGUGCCGAGAGACUGGAUCUCAGCAAAUCGAAUAUCACACAACUGCCAGUCACAGUUCGUGACUUGACUCACUUGAUGGAGUUCUACCUGUAUGGAAAUAAGCUGUCCACCCUUCCAGCGGAAAUUGGAUGUUUGGUAAAUCUCAAGACGCUGGCUCUGAGCGAGAAUUCCCUAACAAGCCUGCCGGACUCUUUGUCGAACCUCAAACAGCUCAAAGUGCUGGAUCUCAGACACAAUAAAUUAAAUGAGAUCCCGGAUGUCGUUUAUGAAUUGACGUCCCUUACCACAUUGUAUCUGAGGUUUAAUCGAAUCAAAGAAGUGGGCGAAGAGAUUGCCAACCUCAAAAAUCUGACUAUGUUGAGCUUACGUGAGAACAAAAUCCGCGAACUGCCAAGAGGUAUAGGCAAACUGCGUAAUCUAGUCACAUUUGAUGCCUCCAAUAAUCAUUUAAAGCACCUGCCGCCUGAAAUUGGGGAAUGCGUCCAGUUGUCCACUCUUGAUGUCCAACAUAACGAACUAGUCGAUAUUCCAGACACUAUAGGUGGCUUGCAGUUUUUAUCCAGACUAGGGCUCAAAUACAAUCAACUGACAGCAGUUCCAAAAUCCUUAAGUAACUGCAUCAACAUGACAGAAUUCAAUGUAGAGAGUAAUGCCAUUUCACAAUUGCCAGAAGGCCUUUUGUCCAGCUUGGUCAACUUAACAAGUCUGACCCUUUCUAGAAAUGCCUUCACAUCCUAUCCAGUAGGCGGACCAUCCCAGUUCUGUAAUAUAUAUUCCAUCAACAUGGAACAUAACAUGAUCAAUAAAAUUCCGUUUGGAAUAUUUUCAAGGGCCAAAAAUCUUACGAAGCUGAACAUGAAAGAAAAUCAACUUACUUCCUUACCACUAG